UGAGUGGAGGCCAGUGGAGGGAUUGGCAGAGGGGGGUGGCGGACACUGAGUGGAGGCCAGUGGAGGGAUUGGCAGAGAGGGGUGGAGGACACUGAGUGGAGGCCAGUAUAGGGAUUGGCAGAGGGGGGGGGGGAUGGACUGAAGCGGGGAUAGCCAGCGGUGAGGCAGGCCAGUGAGGAGGGAGUUGCAGUAGUCAGAGUUGUGAUAUGAUGAGGGAGUGGAUGAGCUGUUUAGUGGUUUCUGGGGUUAGGAACGUGCAGAUUUUGGCGAUGUUGCGGAGGUGGAGUCUGCAUGUUGCGGAGGUGGAGUCUGCAUGUUGCGGAGGUGGAGUCUGCGUGUUGCGGAGGUGGAGUCGGCACGAG